AUGCGCAUUUCCCCAUAUAAAGCAAUAUGGACUACCUCCAACCAGACUAAACCCCGGAACGAUGCGACCGAGGUAUCCUGGCCAUGGAAGUUGGCAGCAGCUUCGUUUGCGGCUUUGCAGCUAGUGGGGUAUAUGAUGCUGGCUGUGAUAAUCGGGUAUCCUCAUGAAUUGCGAAUCGAUGCCACGGCUACUAAUGUCUGUGCCUUCGUGUUUAUCGGGGUAUCCCACGCUAUGUCAGUCCUGAUUGCCUUCGCCCAUCAGCACAGACUACGCUUCCUCCUCCAGUCGAUCUUCAUCCCGUGUUCGAUGGCCGAUGUACUCGCGCUCCUGAAUAUCCUGUUUCAUAUCCAUGGACGGGGCACACAGAUGAAUACUCUGCCAAUUGUGGGAAUCUGUCUCCCUACAGCCUUUGCUGUGUGUUAUGCGACCGCGGCAAUGUUGAUAUAUCGCGAGUGUUGCCGUCACCCAGGGGAGGAAAGCACACUGCUACUUAGUGACGAAGAGCUGCAACGACGCCAGCUGCUUCGUUUAUUAGGGGAACAGAAUCACAGUGCGCCAUCGCCUGAACUGGUACGAAACACUUAUCGCUUCGAUUUACCACAGGAUGAAGCGGCGCAGAAGUACUGGAACUCCCCUGCAACCCCGUUAUAA